AUGACGGAUGUCAUCCGGUCUAGUAAUGCCGUACGUACGCUCGACCCGGAGCAGGCGACGCUGUUCCUCAUCCCGUUCUUCGCGGCGCGCUACACGCUGUACUGCUUCCGGUCGUGGGAGAACAACAUGCGGCAGGCGAUCGAGGAAGGUUCCAGGGUAUGGGAGAAGCUUAUAACGAGGGUGCGGAAGGAGCACCCGUACUUCAAUCGAACCAACGGACAAGAUCACUUCGGCUUUGGCACGCUCGAUCACGGCCGUUGCCACUCGCUCACGUUCGUGGACCCGCGGGUCAUUUCGUACAACUACGGCGCCAAGAUCACGGAUCCGACGGUCCCAGACAUCCCGUGCUACGUGCCGAACCACGACAUUGUCGUGCCGGCCCUGGUCGCAAAUCGGCUGCCCAUCGUUCCGCCCUUUGAAACGGAGCGUGAGAUCAAGGUGCUGUUCCGGUUCGGCGCGUCGCAGCACCACGGCGAGCCGCUGAAACACCACAACCGCGACAUUCGGAAAGAACUGAUUGAGAUGUACAAGGAGAAGGGAUGCGAGGGGUGGGACUUUGCGGAGAAGGGCGAGUAUGAGACGGACGAGGAGUGGAAGAAGAGCGUCUUCUGCAUCUGCCCGCCCGGCCACUCCCAGUGGACCAGCCGCCCCUUCAAGGCGCUCAUCUCAGGGUGCAUCCCAGUGACGUUUUUCCGAGGCCACGACAAUCCCUGGGGCGAUGAGCUGGACUACUCGACAGUAUCGGUCAACAUCGAUCCCGACCAGCUGCACACACUCAAGGAGCGGUUGGAUGCGGUUCCAAUCAAGAAGCUACAACGCAACAUCGAGCAGAUUCAGGUGAGGGAGACAGACAUCUCGGUCAACAUCGACCCCGACCAGCUGCACACGUUGAAAGAGAGGCUGGAUGAAGUUCCCAUUAAGAAGCUGCAGCGCAACAUCGAGCAGAUUCAGUUCAGGUGA